CUUUCGGCGCCGGAUGAUGAAAUGUUGAGCUGGACAUGGAAUCAGUGAGGAUCGCGAGACGAGUCCCAGGAUGUCCAUCAGCACGUCGAGAGGUGCAUGGAGACUAGCUCGUCAGCUUCGUGCUCCCGGUCGUCGGCUGUCCGUUCCAGUCUCGCGGUCCAACUACGCCACCGUUUCCUCGAGUCCUUCGACUUCACCGUAUGAGGUGUUUGACGAGACGUCAAAGACGAGACAACGAGAUCGAGCCGUGAUCAGGCUCAACGAGGAGGGAUCAUCAUCGCUCAUAGACUAUGUUCGUGAAGAGCUAGCGGAGCGCCUGGCCGAUCGGGUCGAGGAUCUCAGGACACCACCAAAUCGUAUUGUCGAAAUCGGCUCACACGCUGGGCAAUUGACAAGAGUACUGCAAGAGGUCUUGGGACCAGAUACAGCCUUUACAGAUGAGAAGAGAGAAUGGUGGAUGGUCGAGCAGAGCCGCGAGGCGCUGUAUAGGGACGAAUUGCCUCUCCCGACGAAACGCAUACAAACUCUGCCCUCGAAUCUGCUUGCUGACCCAACGAUGGAUGCUCUGAGAGACAAGGUGGACGCUGUUGUUAGUGCCAGUGGUCUACAUUGGGUCGGAGACAUCGUCGGCUGCUUGACCCAGAUCAAACACCUUUUGAAACCGGACGGGGUGUUCAUUGGCGCAGUCCUGGGUGGAGAUACCCUAUUUGAACUGAGAACAUCGCUCCAGCUGGCUGAGCAGGAGCGUCAUGGAGGAUUGGCGAACCGCGUUUCGCCAAUGAUCAGUAGGGUUCUCUUUUGGGAUCUUGCGUCGCUGAUCGUAGACCCUACCGAUGCGCCGUCAUUGCUUAAUCGAGCGGGCUUCACGCUCACGACAGUUGACGUCGAGGACAUCACGAUCAACUACCCAUCCAUGUGGGAAUUGAUAGCCGAUCUCCGCGACAUGGGCGAGAGUAAUGCCAUAUUGGGUCGAAAAGCCAUGAUCAGUCGUGACGUCCUCAUCGCAGCGGAGUCUAUCUAUCGAGAAUUGUACUCCAAAGAAGAGGGUAGCGUCCCGGCUACGUUUCAAGCUGUUUUCAUGAUCGGGUGGAGACCAGGCCCAAAUCAACCUCAGGCAUUGGAGCGAGGAUCAGCAGAUACGAAUCUCAAGUCGAUAUUAGAGUAGUAACCUCGAGUCCACGUUAGACUAGCACAUGUAGCCAAUAACCACGCCCGGAUUCCCCUGC